AUGAUACCUAGCAUCAUAUGGAAUUGUCGAGGUAUAGGCAACCUCGAAACCCAAUUCUAUAUCACUAGCCUUAUCAGACAGUAUCGACUAGGUAUAGUAGGCCUCAUUGAGCCUAUGAUAUCACCAGAUCGUAUCCAACCCUUACUUAGGAGGUUAGGUAUGGAUCAUUUUCACUCCAACCCCACGAAUCAUAUUUGGAUCUUUUGGACUAGACCAUACUCUAUGGAGUUGCUAGUCGAGGGACCCCAGCAUAUCACUAUGACGGCUCGAGAUCUCACCCAAGAGUUCACCUUCUCGGUCAUCUAUGCAUCACAUAGAUCCGAAGAAAGAGAAACUCUUUGGGCGGACCUAGUUCAAUACGUGAGGGACUACCCUACACUAGUUGAGUCUCCUUGGUACCUAGCAGGUGACUUCAACUGUGUCCGUAAUACUAGUGAACGUCAAGGUGGGCGAAUCCCUAGGGCCCGUAAUAUGGAGAUGUUCAAUGAUUGUAUUUUUCGAUUAGCUCUCAUUGAGCCACCUACAUCAGGCGAGGCAUGGACGUGGAGCAACAAUCGAGGGGACGCUUUGAUUUAUGAGCGUAUCGAUCGUUGUUUCAUCAACAGCAUCGCCAUGAUGCGACAUCCCAUAUUAGUCACGAUAUUACCCCGUUAUAGGUCAGAUCACACCCCGAUCCUCAUACUCCCUAAACAGAGUAUGAGCACCCACAGACCCCCCUUCAGAUUUCAAACCAUGUGGCUCCAACAUGAAAACUUUCAGAGUUUCGUACGGAAUCACUGGUACGGACAGAUCUCAGAUUCUCCUAUGGAGAACCUUAGCUAUAGGUUAAGGAAUCUCAAACUCCACCUUAAAUGGUGGAACCGACAUAUCUACGGGAAUGUCCAUACCCAAGUUGAUGCAUUGCAAAAAGAGUUAGCAGAAGUUGAAAGACUACUGCAAGCUAGAUAUUCAGAUGCUGCUUGGGAAAGGAGGAGUAGAGUGAGUGACCAGCUUGAUGAGGUUGUGCGACGACAGGAGUUAUUCUAUCUCCAGAAAUCACGCAUCCAGUGGUUACAAGAGGGUGAUAGAAACACUCGUUUCUUUCAUGCCUCGGUCGCUCAUCGCUCACGUUCAGAUUAUACCUCUCUUUUAGAGACAUAUGAUCAUAACCUUUCCCGCAUGCAGGAGGCAGGGGUUGAGUACUUUCGUACUCUCUUAACCUCUCAGUCGAUUGAGAUUUCUGAUGAUAUGCUCACUUCGAUCCCGUCAUUGGUCACUCACCGUGAGAACUCUCUCAUAACAGCCAUACCCACGGGAGAAGAGAUCAAGGAAGUAGUUUUUUCUAUGAGUAGACAUCGUGCACCCGGGCCAGAUGGUUUCCCAGUUGAUUUUUACAUUUCAUGUUGGGAUAUUGUUGGCACUGAUCUCAUCCAGGCCAUCAAGGAAAUCUUUCGUCGUAAACUCUUUACACGAAGUUGGAAGGCCACCUUCCUUGCACUUAUACCGAAGGUGACUACCCCAACCUCAUUUAGAGACUUUCGACCUAUCAGUUUGUGUAACGUGUGUUAUAAAGUUGUAUCUAAGAUCGUUACACGUAGAUUGAGUAGUUUCCUUGAUAGACUUAUAUCUCCAGAACAAUGUGGAUUUGUCAAGGGACGGUACAUUCACGAUAACAUCAUGCUAGUACAUGAACUAGCACAGUCCCUUGGCCAUGAUUGUCGAGGCUCUAACAUCAUCAUCAAAUUAGACAUGGAGAAGGCCUUUGAUAGGAUAGAGUGGAGUUUCCUCAUUAAGGUUCUUAGACGCUUUGGGUUCACCGAUGACUUCAUUGACUUAGUCGAUGCAUGUGUUAGGGAGAAUCACUUCUCUUUAUUAGUGAACGGUAGCUCCACACCAUUCUUCACGGCCACGAGAGGUCUACGACAGGGCGAUCCACUAUCACCCACCCUCUUCAUCUUAGUUGAAGAAGUCCUCAGUCGAUCCCUCACCCGAGCGAUCAAUCAAGGACUUAUCCGACCAUACUACUCGAAGAGGGGUUGCCCGAUCAUCUCACACUCCCUCUUUGCUGAUGAUGCGAUACUCUUCCUCAAUGGAUGUGAGACAUCCAUUAGAGGGCUCAUGAGUAUUAUCUCGAGGUAUGAGCGAGCUACAGGUCAACUCGUAACUGCCUCGAAGAGUAGCUUCAUAGUAGGCCCUUCUACCCCCAUAGGGACCAUACGACGCAUCCAGGGCCUAACAGGGUUCUCUCGUGGACACUUACCUUUUGACUAUCUAGGAUGUCCUAUCUUCCUCGGCCGUAGGCGCAUACACUAUUUUGACGCCCUAGUGGGCAAGUUGAGGAAGAAACUAGCAGGAUGGAAGUUACAACUUCUAUCCCCUGGAGGACGGAUCCAGUUGAUACGUCAUGUCCUCAUGAGCAUGCCAUUACACCUUUUGGCAGUCCAUGAGGUACCAGACACCGUCUUACAGACUAUUAGACGGAUAUGUACGUCCUUCCUUUGGGAUGGACAACUUGAGGGACCUCGUCGUCAACGCCGAGUUUCUUGGGAGAAAGCAUGUCGACCUACGGAUGAGGGUGGCCUAGGUAUUAGGCGCCCUCAAGAUGUACUUAACAUGCUUCAAAAGAAACUCGUUUGGAGGAUGAGGACCACACCAUCGGUGCUAGGUACUUUUGUGACAGCCAAAUAUGGUGAGUGGGCUCGACAGCCGGCCGACAUCAAAGGAGUCAAACGAUGGGCAGACUGGCAGCGACAUUGGUUAGAGAUGGUGCCUCUUAUUCGUUGGCGAGUGGGGAGAGGCGAGAUCAGUGCCUGGUACGACACUUGGCUAGAUGACAUACCAUUGGCCUGUUUUACCACUUUCACAUCUUCUUGGCCUCACUUGACGGUAGCCCAGUGACGUGACUCAGUCGUUGUAUGUUAAAUCACGCAAAUUUAAAAUUUAUAAAACUAGAAAAUACGAAUUUUCGGAUAUUUAGAAGUAUUUCAAAAUAA